AUGCAAUUAAUGGAAGAAGCAAAGAAUGAUUCUAAAAGAUCGCUGAGAUCAGAAGCUAAAAACGAGCAUGGAGAAAUUGAAAAAUUUGAUUUUGAUACAGAAGAAUACGAAAUCAAUCCUAAAAGGAAGUUAAGAUUAGUUAGCAGAAUAAAUUCAAACACCAGAAAUUUGCGGAAACCAAAGCCUCGUCUUCAUAUUUCAGCCAAGGCGAUAGAUGAACAUGUCAAGGAAAUGACUGCCCAGCACCAAGUAACGAAAGCUCCAGCAAAGACCACUAGUGUUGAUGAUGAGAUCAAGGAAAAGAGAGAAACAAUUACAAAGAUGAUACUUGAUAUCGAGCAUCAUGAAUUAAAUCAAAGUUGCGAAAACGUAACAGAGGAUUGGCUUCCUGACAGUGCAUAUCAGCCCUAUCAUAAGAAAAUGUUGAAGCAAGAAAAUAGAAUGAUUCAAUCUGACAUUGUAAACGGUGAAAAUGAAGCAGACCGACUUUCAUUGAUAUCUGAUAGACUCGAUAUGUUGAACUGGGCAACUACACUGCAAAAGGUUACUAAAAUAAAUGACCCCACUAACGAAAAUGAAAUGGAGACUAAACGUUAUCGAACGAAAGAGCUGAUUGAAUCAAUGUUGAAUAAAUUUGAAUCCAUGAAGAAAAAGGGCCAUAAUUUGGCUAGACGGCCAGCAUCAAGUGAUUCUCUGUUAAAACUGGUCAGUAGUAAAGAUUGGCCAAAACUAUACACUCGAAUUGAUCGAACUUUCAUUCCCGAUUACGCAAGCUCCUCUGACGAAGAGGAAGAUAAAAUGGCGGUUGAGGAAAUUAGACAGAGACGACUAAAAAAAAGAGAACAACAAUGUGGUGGCUCCAUAAUAGUAUUACUAAGUGACCAUCAAUCGCAAAAAGGAAUGACACGGUUUGCUAUCGUAGCUGAGCCGCUGCGAAAGCCGUAUUUGAUUAAAACGUCAAUUACAGAAAGAAAUUUAUGGAAGACAAAAGUGCCUUUAAAUCCAAAGAAGUUCAAGAAAGCUUCUCGAAUAUCAACGCAAGUUGCUGUGAGAAAAGGAAAAAUAGUCAUCCCGUUUACUAUGGAAGUAGAAUCAGAAAUAAUCCGAGAAGUAGGGCACGCAAAACAAAAUAUUGUAAAAUCAAAUGCUAGAGAGGGGGAAAUGGUAAUGACAAGGGCGAAUAAACAGAAGGGUGAGAACGCUCUCAGGAAUAAUCCUGCUUCUAUUGUGUCGACCGUUUCAAAAGUGGCAUUGCUAAACUCUACCUCGGCUUCCACCCCGUUAGAGACUCUACUAAGUCCUUCCGAUAAUACAGUUACAGCGAGCACUAACAUCGAACAAAGCUUCACAGUAACGCCUUUGCUUAGCGAAGAUAAUUUUGUAAAAACACACCAUGGCAUUAUAAGCGAUUCGGAUAUCACCAUCUUGCCUGUUCGAAAGAGAAAAAAAGCAUAA